AGUGUGUGUGUGUGUGGGUGGGUGUGUGUUUGUUCAGUUUGUUCAGUCUAACAGGCACAGUUUAGUGUAAUUCAUCGGCUGUACAAAGCAGAAACUAUUAGAAUGGAUUCUGCUCUUUUACUGCUUAUACUUUCCAGCCUGGCUUACGUCCAGUGUCAAUCUCAACAGAAGGUCUCUCAGUGGCCCUCACAGACAGUGGUGACCCAAGGCUCCUCUGUGGAGCUCCAGUGCAGACAGAGUGGCUCUGAUACCUACAUGUACUGGUACCGCCAGCAGAGCUCUACAGGACUACAGCUUGUCAUGUUUUCUGUGUACCUGAAUGAGCCAGAGAGGGGAGAGAACAUCAGCGCUAGAUUCACCAGCACCAGACCAAAGACAGAGAAUAUCUCUCUCAGUAUCACUCAGACAGAGGAGUCAGACACAAGUGUUUAUUUCUGUGCAGCGAGUCCCACACGCUGGGUGUUCACCACACAUACAGUAGAUCUCAGGGAAGAAGCCGUGGACAUGAGCACUUGUGAAUCGCUUGUACUUCUCCUGUUCUUCUACUCCCAGCUGAGAGCAUUUGCACAGGGAGCUGAUGUCAUCCAGACACCCAAGGUUGCUGUGAUGAAGACUGGGGAAUCAGUGGAGAUCUCCUGCUCUCACAAGGACGGCAGUCUACACUAUUUAUACUGGUACCGGCAGCUGCCUGGUAAAGGCAUCGAGUUAAUCGCAUACAUUCUCACAAAUGAGGAUGCAAAGUUUGAAAGCGACUUCAGCAACUGGACAGAAAGAUGUGAGAUAAAGAAGCCAGAGACCCUGUUUGGAUCAUUCAGGAUCAAAGUGCUGCAGAUGCCCGACAGUGCGGUGUACUUCUGUGCAGCGACUCAGCACAGGUUCUCAGGAGCCAUCAAUGUUGAGCAGUCCCCAUCAUCUCUCUUUGGGAAACUCAGUGAUGAUGUCCAGCUCACCUGCCAACAUGACGACAGCAGCUAUUACACAAUGCUGUGGUACCAUGAAGUUAAAGCACAACAGGCAUUGGAGCUGGUUGGAUUCCUUGCCUGUCAGAGUAGAUUUGUGCGCAUGCUAUCUAACAGUGCAUACAAUAAUCCAGCGUACUUUGGAGAAGGAACCAAGCUUACAGUAUUAGAAAAUGAUAUCAUAGAGCCGACAACUGUGAAAAUUCUCGAACCGUCCAAAAGGGAGACUACGCGGAAGAAACUGGUCACCCUGGUCUGCGUGGCCACUGGUUUCUACCCUGAUCAUGUCUCGAUCACCUGGAAGAUCAACGAGCGCAAUGAGACCGACCGCUGUAAGAUGGACGACUCCGCUGCAUGGUCAGAGAAGUCCAGUACAUUCAGCAUCACCAGUCGACUGAGGGUCCAUUGGAAAGAAUGGUCCAACACCAAAAAUCUAUUUAGUUGUUCAGUCUGCUUCUUCAAUGGAAAUGCAACCAAAUGCUUUCCUGCCACCAUCCGAGGGAUCCAGCAUUGUGGAACUACAGCAGAGGAAAACAAGUGGAGUGGAAAUGCAGCGGAGUUAUCAUACACUCUCAUCCUGGUGAAAAGUGCGCUUUUUGCAUUGUUUCUCACAAUCUUUGUGUGGAAAUUCAAGGGCUCAAAGGUUUGACUGAUAGUAGACGGACAAGAAGGAACAUCAAAUGAAUCCUUUGAAAAAUGUUGGUUUAUAUGUUUAUGGUUUAUAUUUUUAUGAUAUGUAUAAGUUCAUCAUUAGCUGUUGCAUGUCAUCAUCUCUUAGAUACCCAAGUAGUUGUGGUGUAUCAGGUAUUUUUAGAUUAUGUAAAAUAAGUCACAUUAAGUAAUUGCAGUUUUAUAUACAGCAGCUAUUGAAAAAUAUUACUGUCAGGGCACCACCUGCAUAGUAUGUUUAUUUCAGAGGAUGUCAUGUGACCAAAUUCAGACACCCUUGUUCUGAAUAUGUUUUUUGGGGGGGAUAAGAUAAAGUAAUGUAAUAUAAAAGUAAAUUGACUACCUGAAUAAUGGCUGUGAGAACUUAUACUUAUAAUCCUGUUGAGCAGAAAUCUAUAAUUAUUAAAGCUACGUGUUUCAGUUUAUCGAAUAUUAGGGUAGUUUAUAGAAAAGUGUGUACAAAAGAGUAUGUGUGUGUCAUGUUUGUAUGCAAUAUGUAUACUGUAGCUAUAUCUAGCCUAUAUCUUUAUUGUGAUAUUUUCCGGUUCCUGCUUUCUAUAAACCAAUGGCUACAGAAUGUUGAUUCCUUACACUGACGUACUCACUAAAUAAAAGCAGCAAAAAUGAAUUUAAGCUAUAAA